GGCUGAGCUGAGCUGAGGCUGGACUGUUGUGGGAUCCCACAGUCAGACACUCACAUCCAUGAGACGUGGUGGAGGAAACAUCUGAGCAGGCACUGCGAGAUACCACGAAUACAAGCAGAUUAUGUGACAACAAAUUGUCCGUGAGAAAGGAACAUAAUGGAAGGACAAAAUGGAAACAUCCCACCUCUUAAGUCAACAGAGAAAGGAGUUAAAGGGAAGCUGCCAUACUCAGUUGAAACACCUUAUGGCUUCCGCUUGGACUUGGACUUCCUCAAGUAUGUAGAGGACAUAGAGAAAGGCAACACCAUCAAAAGAGUGCCCAUCCAACGCCGGAGCAAGGGACCUCGGGCCAGCACUCUUCCCAGACACCUCAACCUCUCUGGAAGUGGCUACCGCCCCAGCCCCUGGGGAUCCACUGGCGCUUUAGGCCCCAGGUCACGACUUUCAGAUGCGCAACAUGGAUAUGCCCCCUGGGUACAUGACCACAGGUCUCCAAUGUCACCCACAGGGUUCCAAUCCCUGGCAGAAAUGGAGGCCAGGAUCAAGGCCUUCGAUGAACAACCCCUUGGGGAGCAUAUAAGGCCCAAUCUCCUGCGCGCCUCCAGCCUGCCACUCACUGUGUUACUUAGGCAGGGCUCAGAGUCCACCGAGGACCCGGGCAGCCUUCGCAGCUCCAGGGAUCACCUGGGAGGAAGAGAUGCCUCCUGCGAAGAUGUAUUCCACUCCUCAGAGUGUUCCUUGGAUGUCCCACACAACCAGGAUUUCUCGGGGCUGUUGAGACGCCUGACAGAAGCCCUGGAACGUGUGGGUGAGCUAGAAAUGGAGGUGAGGUUCAUCCCAGAGCUCAGGGCUCAGAUCUGCAUCCUUCAAGAAGAAAAAGAGAGGCUCCGUCUAGGCUUGAACUCAUCCACUCAACCCAUUUCUAUGAAUGGAGCCUCAGACAUCAAAAGACAGAACCAUGAAGGUUAUGUCAAGUUUCCCCCAAACCAAAAAAUGAACCGGCAGGCUUCUCACCCAGCAUGCGAGUGGAGGACCAGUACAGAUCUGGAUGAGCUGCUGACAGUAACGUCUCUACAGGCGAAAGUGGCGGUUCUGGAGCAGAAGCUGCAUGAGGAGGGCCUGGAGCUCCAGAAAGCCUUGGGGCUGCUGAAAGAGCAGCAGGAAGAGAGCAGAAAGAAAGAUGGCAGGAUUGAGCACCUAACCAGUAACCCCGGGGUGUGGGUCCUUGCAGAGAGGGUGGUGGUAGACCAAGAUGGAGGGGAAGAGAUGAUGGUGAGCUCUAAUGGAUGUGGACUGCAUAACUCACCGAAUUAUAUUUCUUCUUCAAGUAGUUUGAAUGCAUCCGUUAGUGCAAAUACUGUUUCUGCGAAUGGACAACUAUGUGAGCAAAAAGACUCCAUGGGCUGUUCUGCAUUGGCAUCUAUCAGAGAAAGUCCAUCACCGAUGGAGGUUGAGGAGACUUUAACUGAGGACAUGAGCCCAGAGGUGGCAGCCCACCACAUAAGAAGGAUCAAGAGGCUCCUGGAGGAGCAGUGGGAGUGUUUGUGUGGAGGAAGGGAGCCAGCAGUGGAGGACAGACCCCUGGAGCACCCAAACCCUAAAGUAAAUGCCCUACAGAAAGAGAUGAUGAGACUGGUACACAUUCUUUCUUCCUAUUAUCCCCAGAAUGGACACAGUGAUGGAGGAGGCAGUCAACAUGGAGCCCCUAAAUCCAUUAUGAAGAGAGACGGUGGUGCCCGGGCGUCAAAAAACCUGCAUUUUGCUGGUGUUAAUGAAGGAUGUGGAACAGCAGUGAGCGAAGAGCUCGUCAGCCUGACCUCUGUGAGCCAAAACAUGCGAGGCCAUCCGGAGCAGGAGGGACACGUGCUCCCUGGGCAGAUGGCUGCCAAAGUUGGUGCAGAACCGGAGAAGAUGGAGAGAGACGGACAAACAAGCCAAUGCCAAAACGCAACUUUGGGUGGAGUAGGAUCCCUGUGGACAGAUGGAGGUGUAGCGUCUGCGGCAGCUGAGAUUACAGAGAAAGUGGCAAAGACGGAGCCAGCUACCCCAGGGGAGCAGAUGGAGAGCGACUCUGGCUCAGUAGCAACCACCAGAGGCAGGGAUACUGUGACGGGGGAAUUUAUGGCCGCCUGCCAAUUCCUUAAAGACCACAUGGACAACAUGGAGAACCCAAAUGAUGACAUGAGGAGAAAGUUGAUGGUGCUGUUUCAGCAUUGGUUCGGUGUGGCAGCCGAAGAGAAGGCAGCGGCUGGCACGGUGGGUCUGUACCUGAGGGAGGUGAAGAGGACCACUCCCUCCCUGCUAGCCUUCUUGGUAAACCUGGCGGACGACAAUGGCAACACAGCGCUGCAUUACAGUGUGUCCCAUUGUAACUACAGCAUCGUCAGCUUACUACUGGACACAGGCGUAAGUGAAGUGGACCUCCAGAAUAAGGCCGGUUACACAGCAGUGAUGCUGGCCUCUCUGACAGCUCCAGAUGGCCCUGGCGGCAUGGAGGUGGUGCGCAGGCUCAUGGAAGUGGGAGAUGUUAACAUUCGCUCCACCCAGACGGGCCAGACGGCUCUGCAGCUGGCAGUGAGACACGGACGUGUGGUGAUGGUUCGCCUGCUGCUGAGCUGCGGGGCCGAUGCCGACAUCCAGGACUUCCAGGGAACUACGGCCCUUAUGUUUGCCUGUGAGAGGGGCCACACGCACAUCGCACGGCUAAUGCUGGAGAGGUGCCACUGCAACCUUGCCCUUACUAACAAGCGAGGCCAGACUGCCCUCUCUGUGGCCAUGCAAGGCUCCCACACCGAUACCGCCGCUCUGCUGCAGGCUCAUGCUAAAGCCAGAGCACUUUAAGACUGGACUCCGAGCACUUCUCCUCCCUGAACACCGUCUUCAUGCACGUUUCAGACAUUAUGGUGCCCGGCAUAUCAUGACCAAUAUGAUCUGCUGCCAUCUUGUUUGCAUCUGAGUAAAUUUGGAAACACAAUAUUUGGGCACUUCAUGAUAUUCACAUUGACACUAGCUGUGCUCAGAGGUAGCAUACAAUUAUGCUGACUUUUAAUGAACUUUGUGUGAUGCAAGAUGGUGUUUGUACUUCAGCUUAACGGAUGAAUUUAAAUGAUGCUUAGCUGAACCAGUUUACAUUAUUGGCCUUUCAGUGCUGAAUAAGCCAUGUGGCAGAGCUUUGCAGUGCCUUAUGUGUGCAUGGUAAUGAGACACAUGUUUUAACCUAUCCAGUUAUAUGAGAUCCAAGAAGCAGCUUAGCUCAACAAACUAUGUGAUGGAAAAAUUAUGUAACAGCACCUCAGUUGUAUUGGUUACAUCAGUUUAUAUUUAUAAUGAAACAGUGUUACAAAUAUCUGUGCAGGUGAUACAUUUCCACCAUCCUUAGCACAUGUCCAUUAUAGAGGAAAUCUGCAUAUUAUAAAAUAGCAUUCAACUGUACCCAACAGAACACUUUUUUUAAAAAAAGGAAAUACCUUGCAUAAUAUGUGGAGCACAAAACCAAGGCAAGCACCAGAUGUGUACAAAAAUAAACACUCAGCUUAACCAGCUGCUGUC